AUGCAAGUACCCCAACCCCCCACCAUAUUAAAACGACAAUAUGAUUGGAGCAAGUUUCCCGGACGGCAAAUGACCGAAGAAGAACGGCUAGAGGCCGAGGCCAGGAUGGAUCGCGUAUAUUACGAGAUGGAGCAGAUGUUUAAGAGAAGUGAACCGAUAGUCAACCAAAUGUGCGAAAACUUUCGGAACGGGCUCGGUUUCGUGGAAACCACGCCUGACGAUAACGAGUCCGUGGUAGCCGUUGUGGACACGGAUGAACCGGACUACAGAGUACUGUCGACGCCCUCACAGCCAACAUCACCAGUCGCGCCUCAGUCUCCAGUUGCCCCUGUCUGGUCCCCCUUGUCGCCGACCUCAACACUUGUCCCCGAGUCUUCAGGGUCCAGUACCCCUCAACCAGAGGCCAGUACCUCGUUCCCCUUGGAGAAGACCUUAGAGCUUUUGUCUCAGCUUUCAGUCUCCAGUACCACUGAUCACCACCUGCCUGCGUCUUUAGUCGCCCCAACCCUAUCCCCCCUGUCGCCGACCUCACCACAGUCUUCAGAGUCAAGUACGCCUCGACACAUCACGUCGGAGUCUCCAGGCCACGAUGGAGAGAACGAUGACCAUAAGUACAACAAGUACACUGAGAACAACGAGUACACUGAGAACAACGAGUACACUGAGAACAACGAGUACACUGAGAACAACGAGUACACUGAGUACAAGGACUAUAACGAGUGCGAGAAAGGCAGCUUUUACGAGCUAGAAGCGUGGAAACCUACAUCAAGCAUUGCCAUUCUACAAUCGACUGAAGGCUUGAAGGAGGAAGAGUCGAGCUCAGUCUCGCCCCCAGAACAGUUGCGGCACAGAAUCACAUCGUUCAAAGACGCACUCGAGGUGCCCCUGCGAGCAAAGGAAGAACCAAAGACGACCGACGUUUUACCCACCGGCACCACACUUCUUCAGCUAUUCUAUGACAAGUUCAUUGAUCCGCAGUCAACAACCUGGGAGGAGAGCCACAGGAUACUCACAAGCUAUCCCAGGUUCACGCGCUUAAGACUCAUCGAGGGCACCGAAGACUCAACUUUGCGGAAGAUGUUCGAUCAGGAAGGUGCACGAGAGGGAAUGAACGAAAUGAUAACGCUCAUCGCAUCCGAUGCGGAGGCAAAGUCUCGUCUUCCAGCAACCUCCCAGGAACUUCAGAAAGCCAGGUUUUAUGCUGUUCUCGGCGGACCAGGUUCGGGAAAGUCCACAAUCUGUGCUUCAUGGGCGAAACUGGACAGGAGUGUCAUGCACAUUGCCAUUGGCGACAUCCUGCGCCACGAGGCAGAGCGUCCUGAUAGUCCAUAUGCCGAAGUGCUCAAGGCCAAUCUUGCAAAAGGCGCAAUCGGUGAUCCGGUAAUGACAGUCGGUCUCAUCAAGAACCACAUUCGCACACAACUACGAAGCGCAACAGUGCCUAUCCGCACCUAUCUUCUCGACGGAUUCCCCCGUGCGUCCACAUCAGCCGCCUUUUUUGAGGCAGCCAUCGCUCCUAUCAGCAAAAUCAUCGUCCUCGAAAUGCCCCAGGCGGCUCUCGUCGAGAGAUGCCGCCAGCGAAACCGGUCCGACGAUAAUGAGGAGGCCAUCCGCAAACGUAUUGGCGUUUACAACACCAAGGUAUCUGACGUUAUCGCCAAGUAUAGCGAGAUGGGCAAGCACUGA